AUGGAUGUAGUUUCAAGUUUAGGACUGACCAGUCGAUUCCUUGUUAUAGCAUUUUCUUUUGUUGCGAAUACCAAAGACUACAUAGUCUCCCCUCCGGGUGCUCCACAGGCGAUUUAUACCACUGAGCUUCCAACUUCCAAGCGCCCCUUCCCUCAGCCGCCUCAGCCGGAGUCAACUACACCAAUCAAGCGCCAUGCAAAGCAAAGCAAAGCCCUCGAACAAACCCAAACCGCUGGCGAGGCCUGUACCACUGCUUUCACCCAAGAUUUGGAUGGCAGACGACUUCGACCCCGAUUCGGUCACGAUACCUAG